AUGAAAAUUAUCAGUUGGAAUGCACGGGGUUUGGGGAACCCGAGUGCAUUCCGUCGUCUUCAUUUGCUUGUUAAAGAGCAAACACCUCAUGUAUUGUUUCUUAUGGAGACAAAGGUUAUUGUUAAUUCUCUUUCACGUUUUAAACAAUCUUUAAAUUUUAGCAAUGGUUUAGAAGUUCCUAGGUCUGGGUUGAAGGGUGGAAUUAUGUUGUUAUGGAAGGAUGUUGUUGAGGUAACUCUUCUUUCAAUGAAUGUGAAUUAUUUUGACUGUUAUUUGUUGUGUAAUGAUGAACCAAGAUGGCAUUUAUCUCUGGUUUAUGGCUUUCCUGAAACAGAAAAUAAAAAGCACACAUGGACUCUUAUCAAACGCUUACAUGAUGUCUCUCCACUUGAUCCAUGGAUGGUACUUGGGGACCUAAAUGAAAUUUUCUCACAUACUCACAAAAAUGGAGGACCUUUGAGGCAUGAUAAUCAUAUGACAGCUUUUCGUACAACUUUGGAUCAAUGUUCUUUGAAUGAAUUGGCUUACUUAGAAUCUUCUGCCAUUAUUUCUGCAAACUGGAAUAAAAAUGCUGGUACUCAGAGAGAUAUUUUCCAACAGCUUACUGAUAGCAUUCAAAUGUGUUCGAACAAUUUGCAGCAAUGGCAUAAUGGAAAAUAUGGGCACAUGAAACAACAUAUCAAGGAGGCGCAAGCUAGAGUUGAACAAUUAAAUAAUUGUGUUGUACCUGACUCGAAUUUUUCACAGGAAGUUCAAUCUGCUGAAGCCAUUUUAGAUGAGCUUUUAGCCAAUGAAGAGCAAUACUGGCAGCAGCGAUCACGAGUGGAUUGGCUUAAGUCGGGGGAUCGUAAUACCAAAUUCUUUCAUGCAAAGGCUUCCUCUCGAAAAUCUAACAACCAUAUUACCAAAUUGCAAGAUGGAAAUGGACAAUAUGUGCACUCUGAUGAUGAUAUUGCCUCGGUCAUUACACAGUACUUCACUUCUCUUUUCAAAGCUUUAAAUGAAGACCAUUGGGUACUCUCCCAUGUCCUUUCAACAAUCCCUACUAUUGUCACAGAUGCUAACAAUGAUUUUCUUCUUCAAGAAUUCACACCAGAUGAUGUUACUAUAGCUUUGAAAAUAAUGGGUGCAGACAAAAGUCUAGGAAUUGAUGGUUUUUCUGCUAUGUUCUAUCAUCACAACUGGGAUAUAGUUGGUCCUUUGGUGACUGAAGUCGUGUUAAAUGUCUUAAAUUGUGGUGGUAGUCCAGCUGGGAUAAACAAAACUCUCAUCACUCUCAUUCCAAAGAUAAAGAAGCCAAAAACUAUGAAAGACUUUCGGCCUAUAAGUCUUUGCAAUGUAGUGUACAAAUUGAUUUCCAAGAUGUUGGCACUCAGAUUGAAACAUAUUCUCCCACUGGUCAUUUUCGAAACUAAGAGUGCUUUUUUACCGAACCGAUUGAUUACAGACAAUGUCUUAGUGGCUUUUGAGAUGGUUCAUAGUUUGAAGAAUCGUAAAAGAGGUUCCAAAGGGUAUGCUGCUUUAAAACUUGACAUGAGUAAAGCAUUUGAUCGAGUGGAAUGGUCUUACUUGGCUGCGGUAAUGGGAAAAAUGGGGUUUAAUAUUCGAUGGAUCUCUCUUAUUAUGACAUGUUUGCACACCACUUCUUUCUCUUUUCUAAUUAAUGGUCAAGUUAAAGGUUCAGUCAUUCCUGAACGUGGGCUCCGUCAAGGUGAUCCUCUGUCGCCAUAUCUUUUCUUAAUCUGCUCAGAAGGACUCUCACGGCUUUUGCAACAUGAGGAGGCUAUUGGUAGGCUACAAGGCCUGUCUAUCUCUCGAACGACACCGUCUAUUACUUAUCUCUUUUUUGCAGAUGAUAGUUUACUAUUUUGCUGUGCUAAUGAGCGAUCUUGUGGUGCUAUCAAACGAGCGUUAGACAUAUAUCAUCGAGCCUCUGGACAACUUUUAAAUGAAGAUAAGUCUGUUAUGUCCUUUUCACCAAACACUUCAGCGGCUGUCAAGAGUUCUUUUAGCCAAAUUUUGGGCAUGCCGGUUAGUGAAUGUCAUGAAAAAUAUUUGUGUCUUCCUGCCUACUCUGAGCAUGACAAAAAACACCUUUUUGCUGACACUAAAGAAAGAAUAUGGAAGCUUUUACAUGCUUGGAAUGAUAAGUUGUUCUCAAUUGGUGGCAAAGAAAUUCUUCUGAAAGCGGUAGUACAAUCUAUUCCAACUUAUGCUAUGAGUUGUUUCAAGCUUUCAAAGAGUUUUUGUAGUCAAUUAGAUACAAUGAUGGCUCAAGUCUGGUGGGGUUCAACUGGAGAUAAGAACAAGACUCAUUGGAAAAAGUGGAAAUUUAUCUGCAAAACAAAAAUGGAAGGAGGUUUGGGUUUUCGUUCAUAUGUUCAUUUUAAUCAAGCUUUAUUGGCUAAGCAAGCUUGGCGGAUUUUUCACAAUCCCGAUUCUCUACUGUCAAGCUUACUAAAAGCAAGAUAUUUCUUAAAUGGUGACUUUCUUUCGGCUAACAAAGGUUAUAACUCCUCCCUCACAUGGCAAGGUAUUGUUUGGGGCCGUGAGUUAAUGGUUCAAGGAAUGAGGAUGCAAGUUGGGAAUGGUUUGAACAUGCUUUGUACAGAUCCAUGGCUUCCAAGUCGAACAACGUUCACACCAACUCACUUUACUGGUUCACCAUAUGCUACGGUUGCUGAAUAUAUCACUUCUGAUCAUGAAUGGAACUUACUUCUAUUACAAAGGGACUUCUCUGUUGUUGAUAUUGAUAAGAUUCUUACAACACCUUUAUCUUCCACUUCUCUAGACGAUUGUUGGGUGUGGCAUCACACCACUCAUGGGGAAUAUACGGACCAAUCUGGUUACCAUUUUGCUUGCUCUUUGGUGGAUCAACAUUCCUCUUCUAAUUCCAGCUCUGACUCUUCAUGGUGGAAUCAUUUUUGGGGUUUGAACAUACCUUCAAAGGUCAAGAUCUUCGGAUGGAAAUUAAUUCAGAAUUCACUACCUACUGCAGCAGCUCUAUACCAGCGUAAAAUAAUUACUUCUGCUGCCUGUAGUUUAUGUUCUAAUGCUUGGGAAUCAGUGGGACAUGCGAUGUUUAGUUGCAAGCAUGCUAAAGCCGUUUGGGGAUUGUCAGAUUUCCACUUUGAUUUUCAAGCUGCAAGUCAAAUGCAAGAUGGGGAUUUACUUAUGCUUCUAUCAAAAUUAUAUACCAAAUUUGAUUUGGAAAAGAUUCUAUGCACCAUGUGGUUUAUUUGGUUUGACAGAAACAAUAUUUUCCAUAACAAAUUGGCCCUUAAUCCUGCUGCAAUUUAUGGAAAAUCUAUGGCUUAUCUCACCAGUUUUCAACAGGCUAAUUUGGCUUCAAUUUCUAAGGCAACCUCUUCAUCUGCAGCUCCACACCAGCCGUGGCAAGCUCCUCCAAACUCACGAAUGAAACUGAAUGUUAAUGCAGCGAGUUCUUCAGGCUGCAAUAAAAUGGGAUUUGGAGCUAUCAUCGGAGAUACCAAUGGACAAGUCAUUGCAGUUCUCUCCAAACCAGCUACUGGAAACCUUAAGGCUCUAUCAUAG